GAUUCUCUCUUGCGCCACUUGUGAACGUGAGGCUGAUAACCGGGCACGCCGUAGCCGCCAAAGCGACGGGCUCAAACUCAGCCGCUCACGUCCACCCGUGCGCCGCCGAAUGCCGAACACAAAACCCCACCCACCCACGCACGCACCGCGCCGGCGUCGGCAUCGGCAUCGGCAUGAGGAGCUCGGCGGACGACGUGGACAUCGAGCUGGUCAAGGCGGUGGCGCAGGCGUGGUACGCGCACUCGGGCAACCCGCGGCCGUCCCGCGCGCCGGCGGAAGACGACGGUGCCGCCGGUCUGGGCGCGCGCCGCGCGGGCGCCCCGCGCUACAGGCCGUCGCGGUUCAAGCUGGAGGCCGCGGCGGCGGCGGCCAAGCCGCCAAACAGCAGGCCGUGGGACUUCACGCAGUCGCUGUGGGACACCUACGAGCUGGUCACCGUGGCGCAGAAGAUCGAGUCCAGCCUCGCCAUCGUGGACGAGGCCACGGCCAGGCCAGCAAGGCGUGCCUUCACCGACAAAGACGCCACGCGCGCCGGAGGAGGGAAGCGGGCGAGGGAGAGCAGGCGUAGCCUCAGGAGCCUGUUCCGCCGGUUCUCGUCCAGGAGGUUCGAGGAAUCAAGCAGCUAGCUAGCUAGUGUUCUCCUCUCUACCUUCAUGUUUCUCUCUCUAGUCCUUCCUUGCCUGAAAGACUUGGGUAGCGUCUAUAUGCAACUUAUUACAGAGCUUUCUGUAUUGCCAA